GAACGAAGGGGAAAAGAGGGCUUGGAGUAGCUAUCGCCGCGGUGAAAAAAAGUGGACCUUCGAGCCGGCUGAAUGUGAGAAAUUGGGGUGGGCUCGGGGAUGUGCGAAGACGAAUGCGCCAAAGAUAAGAGCCAGUUCUGAAGAGGCAAGCAAGCACUGAUCCUUGAACUCUGUUAUCCUAGCGAGGAAAGAGAGAAAGCGGCUUCCACGUGCGCGGUGAUAAAAUCGAGUGCGUGAUUCAAAAGAUCUCAUCAGUGAAAAAUAUUGCCGGUGCGAUCUCUUCUUGAUCCCCGAGAACUAUUAAGAUCUUGAAGAAUCGAAUCUGAGAGUUUUUGAAAAAAUCUCGAGAGAUCGCAAUAAAUCGUGAUCGCCGUCGCGAUAAAAAAUUCAUCUUAAAAACAAGGUGAAGAAUGAUCGCGUUAAAUAAUCUUUCCGAGAAAAUUAACUAGACACACAAUCGGGACGAAGAAUCCUGUUACGUUCGGUCAUCCUGCAACCCGGUUGAAGGAAGUGCUGCGGGUGAGCCGGUGGGGUUAACGGUGAUGGCAUGAAGACAUUAGUAAGGACGUGCUGCGGGUCCAGCGAGGAGGAGGAUGAGGAUGGUGGUGGGCAUGAUGGUCCUUGGUCAGCUACUGACGAGGAUUCUGCUCGCGGCCCACGCAGGGGAUCGCCUCGCGGCAGCUCGCAGAAUUCUCAGAGACGUGCCAUUGAUAGAUGGGCACAACGAUCUACCUUGGAACAUACGAAAGUUUCUGAAGAACCAGCUAAGGGAGUUCAGGUUUGAUGACCUGAGGGACACUCAUCCUUGGUCACGAAGCGCCUGGAGCCAUACAGAUCUCAAGAGAUUAAAGGAAGGCAUGGUUGCAGCGCAGUUUUGGUCCGCGUAUGUACCCUGCUCGUCACAGCAUCUUGACUCGGUGCAGUUGGCCCUGGAACAAAUAGACCUUAUUCGCCGAUUGGUUAACAAGCAUCAGGAAAAUAUGGUCCUCGUUACUACAGCGGAAGGUAUCGAGAAGGCGCACAAAGAGAAUAGAUUAGCGAGUCUGAUAGGGGUCGAGGGGGGCCACGCUGUCGGAGCGAGUCUGGCAGUCCUGAGGAUGCUGUACGAACUGGGCGCCAGGUAUCUCACCCUCACGCACACAUGCAACACGCCUUGGGCAGACUGCAGCACGGCGGAUGAACCCGGUCAAGUGCCUCAAAUCGGUGGUCUCUCGAAUUUCGGCAAGAGUGUCGUGUUGGAGAUGAAUCGACUUGGGAUGAUGGUGGACCUCUCCCACGUCUCGGUACCCACAAUGUUGGACGCCAUGGCGACAUCGAGAGCGCCGGUGAUUUUCAGUCACAGCAGCGCUCACGCUCUUUGCAAUUCCUCGCGAAAUGUGCCUGACCACGCGCUGCAAACUUUGGCGCAGACCGGUGGUAUAGUCAUGGUAUCCUUCUAUCCCCAUUUUAUCAGCUGUGGCGAAAAAUCGACGCUCGAGGAUGUAGCAGCACACAUCGAUCACGUGCGGAAGAUCGCUGGAGUGGAUCACGUCGGCAUAGGAGCUGGAUACGACGGGAUCAAUUUGACACCAACGGGUCUGGAGGAUGUCAGCAAGUAUCCAGAGCUCUUUGCGGAAUUGCUAGCGCGUAACUGGUCGGAGAGAGACAUCCAGAAACUGGCUGGUCUGAAUCUUAUACGGGUGUUCAAGGCGGUGGAAAAGAUUCGCGACGAACUGGCCUCGAAGGGGAUGGAGCCGCUGGAGGAGGAGAUCCCGCACGAGGACAUAAUCGGUCGCGAGUACUGCCGUUAUAACAUAAAAAAUCUGAUGACACCUUAAGCUGUCGGAAUCCUCUCCUGGCGAACGCUGUGAAACGUAAACGAUCGAAUGAUCGGAGCGGAAACAAAGAGGAAGAGAGGACGAAAAAGGAGGAGAGGGAGAGAGAGAGAGAGAGAGAGAGAGAGAAAGGGAUAGAAGCAAUCAAGAGAAGAAGCUCACUGCCAGCAAAAGUAAAACUUACCCUUUAUAUCUUCACCCCAUUCACCCAUCCCCAAUUUCGCGAUUCCUCACAUCUCCCAAAGACAAUGUCCACACAUACAUAUAUGCACACAUCCUCUCCCCCCCCCUCUCUCUCUCUUUUUCUCUCUCUCUCUCUCUUAAUCCUUUCGAUCCUUCUCGACGUUAUCCAAGAUUCUCAUCUUUGUACGUAAGUAGAUAGAUAAACUCGAUUUCCGCCAAAGAUCCUGGAGCCCUGAGAUGUGAGUGUUCGCGAAGGAUAUCGAGACGGCCAGUGAAACGUUUAGUACCGUGACUAAAGCCGCGAAUAAGAAUUGCAAUUAGAUCAAGCAUUGUCAAAUUAUUU